AUGAUAGCGGAAGCUUCUACUCGCGCCGCCACGGAGGCCGUAACUCAAUAUAUCGCCACGAUGGGAGCAAACGCUCCCAAUGCGAUACCAGCACAAGCUCCACCUAUAGCACCACCAGUGGCCCCACCGCCGAUCCAGAAUCAAAUAAGCGUCUCUUCCUCUACGUCGGACCCACGGUCCCGAGUGCAGCUAUCUACUAAUCACAGAGGAGCACAGCCUAGACAACAACGUCGGCGCUCACCCCUACGGGGGAAUGCAUCGCCACCAAGAAUCCCUCUCUUUAAUGAGGGAGAAGGCGAGGUAAACAGCCGAGUGUCUCGCCAAAACCUUUUCUCCCAACCAAAUAAUCAAAUGGGUGAGAGGAUGCCUCUCCCAGCAAGACGCAGUCCCUUCACCAUAGAGAUCCUCAACGAGGUAUUACCUCAAGGAGUAAAGAUCUCGGGGUUACCUCAAUUUGAAGGGACCACCGACCCACAGGAACAUAUUGAGAAAUUCAGUGCCAUGGCGGAUUUAUACGGCCCGACGGAUGCGGCGAUGUGCAAGAUGUUCCGCACCACUCUCUCCAAGAGGGCAAUGAAUUGGUUCAACUCCCUACCCAUAGGGUCCAUUGACACCUUCGCUCGGUUGUCGACCCGAUUCACCAACCAAUUCGCCAUCAACAAACAAUACGCCAAGACCCCAGCUCAUCUUUUCUCUGUAGUGCAGAGAGACAACGAAACACUCCGCAACUACAUCAAACGUUUCGUAGAAGCCGUCCAUGAAGUCCCCAGUGUGGGGCAAGACAUGCUCUCAGGGAUUAUGCAACAGAACUUGAAACCGGGUAGAUUCAAGGAAUCUAUUGCCGGAAGACCACCAGGCAACCUAGAGGAGUUGUUAAACCGAGCCGAAAAGUACGUCAGGAUAGAGGAAGCUUCCACCCACGCUCCCCCUAAAAGGAAAAGGGAAGAUGACCGUCAGGACAAUAGGAGGCGUGAUGACCGACGUCCACCACUUCCACCUCCAAGCCAACCCUCCUCUUCCUACAAUAGGUUCACUCCGUUAAACGCUCGCCUCACUGAAAUCCUUCACGUGAUAGAACAGAGAGGUUUAGCGGAGCCUCCACGUCCUAUGCAGCCUAAUGCAAAGCGAGAAAAAUCGGAUCGCUAUUGUCGAUUCCAUAAAGACAAAGGGCAUACUACGGAGGAAUGUGCACAACUUAAAAUGGCGAUUGAGAGGCUGAUCAAACAGGGCCAUUUAGGCGAAUACGUCGACAAGAGGAUGAAGCCAGUCAAACAGAGGAAACGAACGUUUGGACCCGAACGCAACAAGCAUAUCAAGGCAGAAGUGGCUAAACUUCUAGACGCGGGUCAUAUACGACCAGUUCAGUAUCCUGAAUGGUUGUCGAACGUGGUACUCGUUCCCAAACCUGGGGGAAAGUGGAGGUUAUGCGUGGAUUUCACUGACCUCAACAAAGCUUGUCCCAAGGACCCAUUUCCUCUACCCAGAAUCGAUCAACUCAUCGAUUCGACCUCGGGGUGUGAGCUCCUCAGCUUCCUCGAUGCAUACCAAGGAUAUAACCAGAUCUUACUCGCGCCAGAGGAUCAAGAGAGGGCUAGUUUCAUCACUGACCAAGGCAUCUACUGCUAUCAAGUCAUGCCCUUUGGAUUAAAAAACGCAGGAGCCACAUACCAACGUCUAGUGAACACAAUGUUCGCAGAUCAGAUCGGUAAAAAUAUGGAGGUGUACAUCGACGACAUGCUCGUCAAAAGUGUCAAAACCUCAGAUCACCUAACCGAUCUGGAUCAGUGCUUCGCUACCUUGCGAAAACUCAAAAUGAAACUCAACCCCCUCAAAUGCUCGUUCGGAGUUCGAGGUGGUAAAUUUUUGGGAUACAUGAUUUCACAGCGAGGAAUCGAAGCUAAUCCCGCAAAAAUCGAAGCAAUUACCUCCAUGCCUCCACCAACAUCCAUCAAAAAAGUCCAACAGCUUAACGGUUGUUUGGCAUCUUUGAAUAGAUUCAUUUCUCGAUCAGCGGACAAGGCCCUACCCUUCUUCAAAAUCUUAAGGGGAGGAAAGAAAUUUGAGUGGGAUGAGGCAUGUCAAAAGGCAUUCACAGAGCUAAAGUCGUACCUAGCAUCCCCACCCCUACUCACAAAACCUCACCCAGGAGACACCCUCCUACUGUACUUAGCUACCUCAGCUAAUGCCAUCAGCGCAGUCCUCAUCCGAGAUGGAGGAAAAGGCCACCAACCCAUAUACUACAUAAGUCGCGCCCUCCAAGGAGCCGAACAACGCUACACCAACAUGGAGAAACUCGCUCUCGCCCUCAUCAACGCAGCUCGGAAGCUUCGACCUUACUUCCAGUCGCAUCAAGUGGUGGUUCUCACCAAUUAUCCUCUGAAGCAAAUACUAAGAAGUCCUGAGACAUCCGGGCGAUUAGCAAAAUGGGCGAUAGAGCUAAGCGAAUACGGGGUCGAAUUCAAACCCCGCCCGGCUAUCAAAGCGCAAGUAUUGGCAGAUUUUCUAGUUGAAAUGACCUCCGUAGAAGAAAGUACCUCUCUUCCAACUUGGUCCGUCAGCGUCGAUGGAUCGUCCACUGCCACAGGAGGGGGAGCGGGUAUCGUCCUAACGAACCCUGAUGGAGAUGAGUUCGAAUAUGCUCAACGAUUCGAAUUCACAGCCUCAAACAACGUCGCUGAGUACGAGGCCCUGAUAGCGGGAAUCCGCCUCGCCCUAGCAGCUGGAGCGCGCAAGCUCCUAAUCCAAAGCGACUCUCAACUCGUCGUUAACCAAGUACUCGGAGUUUACGAGGCCAAAGAAGACACCAUGGCGAAAUAUUUAGCUCUCGCACACACUCUCCUAUCCAAAUUCGAGAGCUACGAGAUAAUACAAGUACCCCGUUCCAACAAUAUCCACGCUGACAAGUUAGCUAGACUAGGAAGCUCCAUGGCUAGCAUCGGAAGUCGGAAGGUGACGCUCCUCACAUCACCUCAGCCGGAGAUAACUUCACCCACUGAAGUACAAUACACCGAGGAGGAUGAACCAUGCUGGUUCACUCCAAUCCUGAAGUAUCUCAAAAAAGGAGAACUUCCAACGGAUCCCGCCGAAGCACGAAAGUUAAAAACGAGAGCCGCACGAUUCGUCAUAGUGGGAGAAGAGUUGUACAAACGAGGGUUCUCAUUCCCCUACCUUAAGUGCCUCGACCCAACCACGGCGGAUUAUGUACUUAGAGAAGUACACGAAGGCAUCUGCGGCAAUCACUUGAGCGGGAGAACCUUAGCUCUCAAACUACUGAGGCAGGGCUACUAUUGGCCAACGAUGCAUGAAGAUGCGAAAAGGUUAGUCCGGAGGUGUAAGCCCUGCCAAGAGCAUGCCAAUAUCACUCACAUGCCAGCGGCGUUAAUGCAACCAAUUGACAGCCCCAUCCCUUUCGCCCAAUGGGGGAUGGAUUUGGUUGGACCAUUCCCGCCCGCCACAGGAGGACGCAAAUACCUCAUUGUAGCAGUGGACUACUUCACCAAAUGGGUGGAGGCUGAACCCUUGGCACGCAUCCGAGAAGAAGAAGUCAUCCAAUUUCUAUGGAAGAACAUCGUGUGCCGCUUCGGAAUCCCGCGUUCCAUCAUCUCGGAUAAUGGAACUCAAUUUUGCGGGGACAAGGUAAAAAAUUGGUGCCUCGGCUUGAACAUCAAGCAGUUCUUCACAUCGGUAGCAAAUCCACAAGCUAACGGCCAGACGGAGGUUACAAAUCGCACUAUCCUCCAACACCUUAAGACAAGGCUGGGAAGUGCCAAAGGAAAAUGGGUGGAAGAAUUGCCUAACGCCCUAUGGGCCUAUCGCACAACCACACGCGCAGCAACCGGAGACUAA